AUAACAACAGACAGACGAAAAUGGCAGACCGAGAUCAAGUCUUAGCCGAUUUUCAGGAGUGCACUGGAUUUGAAGAUGUUGAGACAUCUAUUGCCAUUCUUGAACAACAUGACUGGAGUCUUCUUCCUGCUGUCCAGAGUGUGAUGAAUGAGGUGAGCGAUUGUGGAUCAGCUGCAGAAAUGGUGACAAUUGAAGACAUUCCUCCUCACACAGAGAACAUGGUGGAUCUCUCAGGGGCCUGUAAUCCUGCCCCAUCCAAAACCCCAAUGGCAGGAACUAGUGGGCCUUCUGGAAGCACUGGGGUUGUUCGCAUGUUGAACUUCAUAGUGGAGUACAGAGAUGAGAAUAUCCCCCUGAUACUAGCCGAUACAGAGACUGUGGGCAAGAUCAAAGAAUCACUCAAUGAAAUAUUGAAUAUACCAGUGUCAAAACAGGAAUUGAGAGGCUGGGUUCAAAGAAAAGUGGAUGAUAAGAGAGUAUUACGAGAUCUCCACUUGCCUAAAGAGACACGUCUUUACCUUCUAACGCCAGAGGUCACCAACCCCACUGUGGUCUUACCGUCUACAAGCUCAGACCAGAGUUACACCAUUGAAGAGAAACUGAGCCACACAUACACACUGAACAUCACAGUGAGGGAGCCUAGCAUCAGCAUUCCGCGUCAGUUCUCACUACAGUUUCCUGGUAGCAAAACAAUCAAAGAGGUGAAGAGUGAUGUAUAUCACCUAACAGAUGUAGCAGUUCGUCAUCAGGCGUGGACAGGCUGGCCUGAGGAUGCUAAAGAUGACUCAUUAACACUGGCAGCCUCUGGUAUUAGCUACCCUGCCCACAGUUUGGAGGUGGACAAAGUAUCUACAUCAUGCUCAGAUACAAGGAAAGCACAGUCAACUGAGGACAUGGAAAUUACAGUGAGUGAUGAUGAUGAAACAAUGUACAACCCAUUGUUAGAAGAUGACAUGUUUGAUGCAGAUGAGGAAGUUCUGUCAAGAAACAAAAACAGAUCUUUAAUACCUGACAAUGUUACAGAUGAAGUAUUUGCCUUGGAACAUUUGACAAAAGAAUUUUCCAACAGGUAUGGUGAAUGUCAUCCAGUGUUUUAUGUGGGCUCACUGGAGGAUGCUGUAAAGGACUCAUUAUUAGUCAGUGCUAAGGAGCGCAAGCCAUUAGCGAUAUACCUUCACCAUGACAACAGUAUAGCAGCCAAUGUAUUCUGUUCUCAAGUGUUGUGCUCUGAAAGUGUGGUUAACUAUCUCAGUUCAAACUUCAUCACUUGGGCAUGGGAUCUGACACAUGAAUCCAACAGAAAAAGGUUACAGAAUGCAGCCACCUCACUGUUUGGUAGUCUUGAUGCUGCUCAGCUCAGUUACAAAUCAGAACAUUUACCUGUCUUUUUGAUUAUUCUGAGAACACGAUCAUCUAGGGAAGUCUUCUCUGUUAUACAUGGUCACCAGACUCUGGAUGAACUCAUGUCAGCACUAAUUAAUGCAUCAGAAGUGUUCCAGUUAAACCUGAAAUCAGAUAUUGCAGAAGAGAAAGAGAGAGAGGCAAGGGAAAUGAUUAAACGUGAGCAAGAUGCAGCCUAUGAACAGUCUCUGGCAGCUGAUCGGGCAAAGGCACGUGCCCAGCAAGAAGAGGUGGACAAACAAAGAGAAGUUGAGCAGCAACGUCAAAAUGAUGAAGCGAUAAAAGAGGCUAUUUGCAAGUCUCUGGCUGAAGAUUUACCGGAGGAGCCAGAUGCAGAUUGCCCUGACCCUGUCAGUCAUAUCAAGAUUCGGGUGCCUGGGGGUGAUGUGCUGCAACGCAGGUUCCUGGCAACAAACACCCUGAAUGUUCUCCUCAACUUUGUGGCCUCUAAAGGCUUUCACACAGAGGAUUUCAAACUUCUCACAACAUAUCCACGUAAAGAUGUCUCACUGCUUGAUCAAUCAAAGUCAUUGAAGGACCUAAAUCUGUUCCCACAAGAAACUCUCAUAAUAGAAGAGCGCUAAUGAAAGUGAAGAUCAUUUUAAUGGUUGUACAUAGGC